UAAUAAACCUGCAAUUGUUACAGCAAUAUAAAACGGAAAGACGAAUAGCCAAGAGCGCGCACUCACUCACUCACUUAUUGCGUCAACUGUACUCCAUAUCAUAUCAACUGGAGCUGGGGAACCUCGUCUCUACUCGCUCUCGUCCCCGCCGGAGAUCCACCAUGGCCGGCAACUCCACCACCGCCACCGCCACCUCCUCCGCAUUGUCUCCCGAGAAUUUGAAAUUCAAUUUCUCCCCCGAUAACCCCUCCCGAAUCAUCCUCACUUCGGAUCAGGUCAACCACUGUACCCAAGCCCUCAACCUUCUGAAGGAGAAGCUCCACGAUCCUCACGUGAUCACUCAGGAGUUCGCACACUUGCAGGCGAACAGGAUAACUCCGAGUGAGAUGAGAAGAAGAUGCACCGUCGCGUAUGACGCCGUCAAUUUGAGCAAAAACCGAUACUCGGACGUUUUGCCAUUUAACAAGAACAGGGUUGUUCUCAAAUCAAGUACUGAUUAUAGGCCUGAAGCACAGGGGUAUAUCAAUGCAAGCCUUGUCUCGACCUCUUCCGCUGGAAAUGUGUCCCACUUUAUAGCCACACAAGGUCCACUUCCACAUACUUGUGAGGAUUUUUGGGAAAUGAUUACCCAAUAUCACUGCCCUGUGAUUAUCAUGCUUACUAGGUUGGUGGAUAAUUACAAGAUGGUAAAGUGUGUAGAUUAUUUUCAAGCUGAGGAUGGGCCUAGAGAAGUUGGUAAUAUUUCUAUUAUUGGUAAAUGGGAGAACACUACUGAAACUUCACUGGUGUUGCGCCAUUUGGAGGUGAACCAUAGAGAGGUAGAAGAUGCACCAUUAUCUGUUUUGCAUAUUCAGUAUCCUGAAUGGCCUGACCAUGGAGUUCCAAAAGAUACACUAGCUGUGCGUGAAAUUUUGAAAAGAUUAUACCAUUUACCAUCAAACCUUGGCCCAAUAGUGGUGCACUGCAGUGCAGGUAUUGGUAGAACUGGAGCAUACUGCACAAUUCACAACACAAUUCAGAGAAUACUUGCUGGAGAUAUGUCUGCUGUACGCAUUGCUAACACAAUAGCUAUGUUCAGGUCCCAGCGUAUUGGAAUGGUUCAAACCCAGGACCAGUACAUUUUCUGCUAUAAUGCUAUCAUAGAUGAACUGGAAGACCUUGUAUCUCAGCAGCAAUAGGAGUAGAAGGUGCUGACUUUGCCUCAAUUUGAAGCUAACUUUCAAUUCUUAGAUCGUUUUUUGGUUCCUGCAAUGCUUAUGUCUCCCGGCAGCUGAAGUCUGAAACAUUAGCAUUCGGGAGGUUUUAUGAAUUUCACCGAAUUCUCUUAUUCUCAUGUUUUUUUGUAUAAUUGCAGGCAGGGAAUUUGAUUAUUUUGUUAGAAUUCUAUUGGGGAACAGAAUGGCAUAAUGACUACAAAUUGUCCCUCCUGUUGCUAUUUUUCAUUUUCUAAAUAAACCCCUCCCCUCCCCUCCCCUCACCCUCCACGCCCCCACCUCCCUCUUUCAUUUUAUGAUGAAGAUCAUAACUUUUAGGAUGUUUUUGGCAGAACUAAUUUGCAGUAUAUUUGGAUUUAUCUUAUAAGCUUUCUAAAAUACCUUAUGAAAAUAUUUUAAUCAUA